AUGGUCGAGAGUGGUGUCCCCCAGGGUUCAGUACUGGGACCCAUUUUGUUCCUUAUCUACGUGGACGAUGCUGCAAGAGCUUUAGACUGCGAAGUAGCAAUGUUUGCUGACGACAUGAAGAUAUGGAGUGUAAUUCGGGGUCCUGCCGACGAAAACAGACUGCAGAUGCACCUGAGUCGGUUGGAGGAGUGGUUAAACCGUUGGCUCCUGCUGUUCAACGUUUCCAAAUGUAGCAUACUUCGCCUAGGCCACACAGCCAGAUCCGCGAGCAAAAGAAACUACCCUCUGGGCGGUGCAGCCCUACAAGAGGUCGAAGCCCAGAAAGACCUCGAUGUGCUGACGACGAGUUCCCUGAAGCCGUCCGUCCACUGUUCGAGAGUGGCAAAAACCGAAAUGUCCGUACUGUACUCCAUCAAGCGUGCGUUCAUGGACUUUGACGAAGAUGCCUUCUCAAAGACAUUCGGAACAUUCGUCCGGCUGCAUUUAGAGUACGGCAUACAAGCUUGGAGGCCGUGGGCGGUUGAGGAUCAAAACUGCCUCGAAAGGGUCCAGAGGAGAGCCUCGAAGAUGGUUAGGGGUCAAAGCUCCUUUCCUUAUGCAAUUCGCCUAGUAAAUCUGAACCUCUUUCUUUUGAGUUACAGGCAACUUCGCGGAGAUCUCUUGCAAGCCUUCCGCAUUGUAAAGGGGUUGGAUUGCAGUCUGGCCUUCGAGGAAUUCUUUGAAUUUGCUACCACGACCAACCUCCGAGGUCACCCGUUAAAACUGCGUACUCAGCAUGCAAGGUUGGAUGCACGGAAGUUCUCCUUCUCUGUUCGAGUGGUCAAACCAUGGAAUGCCCUUCCCGCAGAUGUUGUGAUGUCACCAUUCGUACAAAGUUUUAAAAAGAAUCUUGACCAAGAACGAUGAGAAGUAGAGCUCACCCCCUGUAACCCGUUCCCAUUUUGUCCUACAAGUAAGGGCGUGUUUGAACUAUUUCAGCCCAGAACAUUUAUCUGUAUACCAUACAUUUUUACGUUGCAAAUAGGGUACUCAAAGGCUUACGCCUAUUUCCCUCAAUAAACUGAACUGAACUGAAAAAAGGUAUAGGCUUCUUCGUAUGACCGCUUCCGUUAUUGUGUUGAGUAUGCGGUCAUCUACGAAGAAAUUGUCAUGGACGCUUUUUGGGGUGCCUUUAAUCGUGUUCUCAUGCAUCGCGCGUUGAGUUGUCCGUCGAUCCUAUAGGGAAUGUUGACACCAAGACGCCCAUCACGGUAGGCAUCCGGCAUAAUGCCGGAAAACACGAGGCCGGUGAGGGUGGGAGCGAGUACACAAUCCCGUUUCGCUCCAUUGCUCGCUGCGAAUUCUUCGGGGCUAUUCCUUUUUCCGUCGCGAAAGUAAUGAUUUCGCCCUGUAGUUGGCAUAAUAUAAGUGUGAAGCACUCCAGUCAUGCGAAUUUCUGCGUGACCCUCCAGAUUUCGUAGCAAUUCACUGUAUCAGAGGGCUUCGUCAGAUCUACGAAGGUGGUGUAGAGGCUUGUAUGCAUCUUCUGUCAUUUUGUUAAAGUUGGUUUGCAGCGAAGAUCGUAUCACCGGUGCCGGGACCCCUCAGAAUCCGCACUGGCUUUUCCAGAGGAGCCCCUUUUCCAAGUGGGUUUCCCAGUCAUUGGAGAGGAUGCGGAAGUGCUAGUGGUAUGCAGAAAGCAUUCACAGAUUUCAUACGGUUAUUUAGGCCUUCCAGUGCCCAUAACUGCACCUAAAGAGCAAACCCGUCGGCAGUCGCACGAAAAAGUCAUAAAAGGCUGUAAGUUUCUGUUGAUAAAUGGGGUUCAAGCCACGAAUAAUGCCUAUUAAAUACUACAACGAUCAGAAAGGCCGAAAACUCCUAGAGGCCAUUCACUCUGAUGAUUCAUGCAUCAAUCGACGCAUCGAUCUUGACGCCAUGUACACAAAUCUCUAGGAAAAAGGGAAAAGGUAAAAGCCAAUCAAGACGGGACAUCAGCCCACAGCAUCAACCCAUCCUCAGCCAUGACAGAGCAAUAUCGAUUUUUUGGGCAUGUUUAAAUUUUGACUGUUUCUUCACACUUACUACGCGUCUGAAGACAAGCUGGGGAACCAGACUCGAAAAUGUACAAAAGAAAGUUUGUUCACUCUUCCCUAAGGACUCGUUAUUCUACGAGUUAUGUUUCUUGGGAUGCCCACCUUCCAUUAGGCAUAACGGAAAGAGUGAGUUCCGUAAGAACUAUCGAUAAGCGCCCACUACCAUUGUAUAUUCCCGAUCCAAAACCGACAGGGCAACGGGCUCCUGGCUCAGUGGUUAGAGGCGUGGACUUCUAACAAAACAGGUCGCGAGUUCGAGCUUCGAGUGUGCCCCACUUAGGGGUUGGGUAUGACUGGCUGACGACGGCUAAUAAGCCAGAAAUGGCCAUUCCAGUCUCCCUUGUCUUUGUCGGUAAUAUCAUUCAGUAUAUAUGCAUGUAUAUAUCUGAAGGGUUAGAGGCAGAGCCCUUGAUGACCCUAUUUAUGUACAGUGCUUCCGCAGAUUCGCACUCAAAAUAAAAUUGCAGACAUUUACAAUGUGAUUGGGUUACAACACAAUCGCAAUGAUAAGGAAGUGCAUCAGGUCACCGAAUGUUAGCGUGGAGGGAUUGUAUAUGGCAGUGUUUUACAGAACUGGCUGUGGGUAGUGCAGCGUAUCCUGCCCGGGCCGUCAGGACAUCAUGCCACAAACGCGUGACAAGCGAACGAUCAAGGUCAUGGCCCCCCUGUUCACACUGUCUUUAUGCUGAUUGGCCACCCAUCAGCCUAUGACAGUCCCCCUUGCCAUAUACCCGGCCGUUUCCACAAGCCUCCUCACUUGUGCUGUCUAUCGUACUCAGUACACGUCCUAUUUCCAAUUAGCCUUCUGUUUUGCAUACAUAACAGGUAGUCAUGCUGUAAAAGCCGAUUUCUGUCGAAAAUUACGCGAGCAAGUUUUCUUUUAAACAUGUAAAUUGAGUCAGCCGUCAACAUCUCGCAUGAAAGCGAGUUUCACGGUCGGACAACCCGCUGGCUGAAUGAAAACCUUCUACGGUCUAACCGCGGGCGCUCCUUCUGGACUUUGUAGGCAUGACCGUGUAAUUGGCUUGUAUGUGAAAACUCAAAAAGUCCUCCGUUCCUAAUGAGCAACCCUGGCCGCGGACGAUCCGGAACGUCCAGAAUAGACUGCAGUUUAUUUGUCUAUAAGAGAGAGGGAAUAGGCCAAGCAAAUUCAGCCUCUCCUGAUAAGAUAAAUGCUUUAGACCGUCGACUAUCAUCGUCGCUCUGCGUUGCACCUGUUCGAGUAAGUCGAUAUCUUUCCUCAUCCAUGGUGAAGCUGAUGGCAUUCCAUACUCCAGCUGGAGUCUUACAAAGGCACCACAAAGUCUUUCCAAGCAUUCGGGAGGAAGUAUUUUAAAUGCACGUCUGAUCCAGUGUAGAGUGCUAGUUGCCUUCUGGACUAUCUUUUUACAGUGUUCUGAUGACGAUAAAUUUGUGGUCGUCCAUACACCCAAAUCUCUGUGUCUUUCCACAGUUUCUAAUGCCGUUCCGUUAAUUUAGUGAUGAUGUUUAGGAGGGGCAUAUCGUCCGGUGUUUAGGUGCAAGACCACGCGUUUGGACACGUUAAACCUCAAAAGCCAUCUGUUCGACUAAACACACAGUUUGUCGAUGUUGGACUGCAACGUCUCUGCGUCAUCAUCGUGCUUGACCUCACUCCAUAUUUUUAUGUCAUACGCGGACAUGAGAGCCUCGCCAUUUACUUCAUUGAUGCAGCCAUUAACAUAAAUCAGGCCUAAGACAGAACCCUGUGGGACACCACAUUCCACCUUGGCCCAUCCCGAGGUAGAGUUACCAACGACGAUUAUUUGUACUCUGGAGGACAGAAAACUCCUGAUCCCUUUAUCCAUUCGUCCUUGAAUUCCUACACCCCAGAUCUUCUGUAAAAGAAGCCUGUGCGGAACACUGUCAAAGGCAUUCUUGAAGUCGAAAAAUAUGACAUCCAUUGGAAAAUCCUUAUCGGUAGCUCGUGUCCAUUUCUCGUGCGAGUAAUGAACACUCGUUAGGCAGGAGCGCCCUGGACGAAAGCCAUGUUGGGCAUCACACAAUAUUUUGUUCUUUUCCAGGUAUUUCAUCAUGUGUCUUUUUAAUGCGUUCCAUUAUUUUACACGCGAUGCAAGUAAGACUGACGGGACGCUCUGCCAGUAACCCCCGAUACGUACAUAAAUGUGUACAGAAAAUACUCAGAACACGACUUGCACUGUUAGAAAGUAUCGAUUCCUUCAAAUGUAGACUAGAUGCUCAUUUGCUGAGAAACUACUGUACAUACAAUAACGAUUGUUUUAGCGGCGGCAGUUUGCGCCUGGCUCACACUUACCGCUAAUUUUUUAACCUUCCGCAGUUGCUGAUGUAAUUGAUGACUUUAUUUCUGUUUAUCGAUGUGAAUAGGGAGCGCAAGGGCGAAAGCCUCAUUCCCUUAAUAAACUGACUUAAACUGACUUAUUUCUUUCAAAAUCGUAAAAUUAUAUGAUUAGUCCUCAUAGCUCCAUAAAAGGACUAGCAUUCGACACAAUGCUGAUGAAAAUCCCAGGUAAACUGUCAUAACAGUUUUACGAAAAUAAGCAUACACAAUAGGUAAACCAUAGCGAAAUCGAGAAAAACGCCUCUAUACCCGAUCGGAGGGUUCAAAACGUUCCAUACCCGAAUAUGUUAUUGCUCUAAGUCUAAAAAGUCUGCUUGUUUAUCAUCAACAAGCUAGUGGUUACGCCCGUACGUAAAUAAUUGUUUAUACCUAAUUCACGUUUGAAAACGACAGUGAGUAGAAAUUACAUGCUACUUAUGAAGCCCUCAUUCCGUCGUAUCGGAUGUGAUGAGCGCUUGAACGGACUGCAUAAUUCGUCCGUGGUAUCCAUGUUCUGGAAAUUUACGGAGACAAGCAACUAGUGAAAGGCUUACACUGUGCAGGGAAAUGCAGAGACCGCAACAUUUUUCUCACACAGGAUUGGACGAGUAAAUUACGCGAAGUGCAUUUUCUCACAGCACGUUAGAGACCAGUUGCAAGAGGUUCUACAAACCGUAGUUGAAACCCUAAAACUUUAGCAAUUCAGGAAAUCCGUGAUUUCUAUCCGGAAGUCCUUCCCGCUUUAAGAAUUAUAAUUGAGUGCCAUUUAUCAUUCUCCUACAGAUAUUUUGUUUAGGCUGGUCCAAGGCCAGCAUCGCAUAUUAUUCCUACAGGGGGAUUUGUCGGAAACUUCCUGAGGUUUUUGAAAAAUGAUUAUGUCUUCGGUCAGGUUGCCAAGGUUCAGUGCUCGCUUGUUUUUCCUGUUGUUUUGAUUUUCUGCAUUUCUUUCAUCACCAUUCUGAUGUGUGCUCCUUAGACAUUUUUCACACUCCGGUUUAUUUUUUUGCACGUUUUUUUUUCAAUGUGGAUUUACUUUCCGAUGCGCACAGCCCUUAAGCAUCGUCCUGAUUUAUGCUUCAUACUACUCCUAUGUGAUUCGGUUGCAUACUCUCUCCGAUUUGGUAGAAAUGCUUUAACUUGACGUGUCCCUUUUGGGUGUUCAAAUAAGCUUCGUGCCUUGACUUAAACUUUGCGAAACCUACGGAAGACUCAACCUUGAACAGGUUUAGAAUGACUGUCAGCUGUGUCCUAGCCCUUAGGCGCACAGUGAGUUCUUCCUAUUUUGUCGCUUGUGUCGCAUUGGUCGCAAACGUAGAUGCAAAUUUUCCUUCCCUCAGCACGACCCGGGGACGGUGCUUUAUUAAACUGUAGUAACUAAUUCGAUUUCAUCGUACUUGUUCCACGACUGGUCUGCAUCGCAUUCUCCUGAGUUCCACGCUAUAUUUUCAACCAGGUUAAGACGUCGUCUCCUCAGGUGAUUUUCGCUUAACGAUUUCUAUUUGUUAUACCCCGCGUUGGAGAUUGGGUUUCUUUUGCUGCAGGAUAGGAGGUUAGAUAUAGGCAAAAGUACAUGAAAUGUUCCUUUACCAGUUAAGCCAUGAGUAGCUUCAAAGACGAAUGAUCUAAAGAUGCUAAAUUUCCUUUAUGGCGAAAGUGAUUUUUUGUUAUUGUUUGCACAUAUAUGAAAUCUGGGGCCAGAACCCAUAGGAGUCUGGGACUGUAUGCACGUCCGACGCACGCUGAUGGAGUCAGGGCGAAUUGCUUAGGAAAUCAGGACAGUUUAAUAAAAAUGCGUAAAGUAGCAAGCGCUUAGCUAUGGCCACGUCAAGUCCACGUGCUUAACAUCCACGUCCAUAGUAUAAAGCUGCCAUAACUCCUGAACUAGAUGUAAAUCUGGGAAUGCGUCUAUGUACGGAAUCAGGUCUCGAAGCCUUCCUGCAAACUGGCUCAGCCGCUGACCUGACAGUCACCACUCCCUCCAUCUUUUGCCAUUGAAGCAAUGUCCACAAGCUACCGUCAAGUUUUCUCCUUAUUUAUGGAUUAUUUCAGCACUUAGGCCAGAAUUUUUCGGAUGCGUUGCACUCCGUUUAAGUCACUCUGCAAAUAAUGUUCACAAGCGUAGUCCUUGGAGGCAUUAGGAGGCAUUCAUAACCAAGAAACCGAGCCUGUACACACCAUUGGCGCUUUAGGCCGUGGGAAAAGUCUAAUAGGCUCAACUGUCCAUGCCGCAGCAGAGAUCGUGACGUAUAAUCCUUGUGGAAAUAUUUAAGAAAGUUGAUUUCUCAUUGAAUGCUAAGUGUGAGCUGUUUCCCCAAUGCAUAUUUAUGUGCAGUCCUCGGAAACACUCCGAAAACAAUCUAGCCUCGGGUGACUGCAUACCCUCGAUAGAUUGGUUUUUCGCAAUAUGCUAUAGACCAAUAGAGCGGGUUAUCAAAAAAGUCCUAGCCCAAGUAUGCUGAUUAUUUAAGAAACAUGCCGAUUUGGGUGUCAAUCAAGGUAGCCCUCAGUGGUGUAUGUCAUCAUAGAAUCGGGAAAUAUCCUUUCCACUGCCUGCCAUUAUGGCAGUGGUGUAUUUUAACUCACAACUUUGUCUCGCUGCCACUGUUAUAUCGGAUUAUUUCUGAUUCUUUGAUAGAUGGAUAAGAGGCCUGGUUGUUAUGUCCUGCAGCCGCCUUCUAAACUUAUUUAGCUGGUUAGAAAUAAGUGAAGGUUUAGGAUUUAACUGUGAUACAAAAAUGCCUUCGUUUAGACCUGAAGGGAAUUUGUGGGUGGCUUGGUUGUGCCUGCCCGAUUAUUAUCAGGGCAGGUCCCAUUUAGAGGAGGAAGACAGCGGCAGUAAACUUGUAUUCUGUGCAGUAACGUGGUUAUAAUUGCAGUCCCUGAAACGGAGUCGGUCCAAGGACUGCGCUCACAUUUCUCCGCAAAGGUGAUGUGGGCGCCUGUGAGCUAGUUACUGUUGACCUGUCGAUCUCAUUAUAUGAUUAUAGAGCACGUGGCUUCCUCGUGGCGGAUGUCCACGGGGCCGAAUAUCGCAUGUUUCCUUCACUCAGAAGCCACCAUUUUAUGAUUCCUGGAGCAGAACGCAUGCAGAGACGGAGGAAUUAGACGUGCUUUUGGCGCUAUUAAGUCCCAAUGAAAUGCUGCGGAGAGCCAUAGCAAUCUGUUGACCCAACAUAGUUAUGAAUUAAGUCGAUGUGUACGAGUUUGAACUAGAAGUGGAUUCGAACUGUACUAACCCUUUUUGAAAUGAUAAACGACAGGCAGCAGUAAUAUAGUACACAGUGCAAGAGACGCCCGGUCGUCACCCGAAACAGGACCUUGAAUGCAACAAUUGGGUCCACCGUAUGGCCCACCGUAUGUUGUUCAUAAGCACCACGACCGCCAUCCCAGUUAGCCCAGCUAAAGACAUUUUGCCUAUGCACGCCACAUCAAACUGUAUUUAUGAGUUUACAUGUAGUUGCGGAUGCAAGUACAUCGGGCGCACGCAAAGGCAAUUGGCUGCUCGGUCAGCUGAACACAUGCCGAAGUGGCUGCUUAAGGCGGAAAAUAAGGUACCCAGGAGCUGAAUCACAAAGCACCUAAUGGACACGGGCCAUACCGUGGACCCAAUUUUUGCAUUCAAGGUCCUGUUUCGGGCGACGACCGGGCGUCUCUUGCGCUUUGCAGAGGCCGCUGCAAUACGGAGGAGGAAACCAGAACUCUGUAAGCAGCUGGACCAUGUGAUAAACCUGGCACUGCCAUGGUAAUUAUCGAUAGUACGCAGUCACUUUCAAAAAGGGUCCGUUGCAGAUCACCAAAAUGAAGGUGAUGUCAUUGGCAAGGAUUUGACCUAGAAUGUGAUUUCUCAUUGCUGUUGAGUGGGCCAACUAAGCUUGAUUAAAACAUUUAAUAUCUUGAAAACGCUGGGACCUAAGGGGACAUAAACUUGAAAGCCAGUUUGAAUGGGAAGGGUUAACUCUCUAGUGGUCAUUUUGACGUCAAAAGUAGAUUCCGAAAGUGAUUUCAAAAGCGCACGGGAUUGUACAUCCCUUCUAAUGAUGAAUGGGAGUAAGAAAGUCAGGGCAUUCAGAUCACAUAGAAAGGGCUUUGAGGGAGAUCUGAUGCAUAAAAGGCAACCAUCACCACGCGUAGUUGUGAGCCCGUGGAGGUAAGAACCAAAGUCGUCCAACAACAAAGAUUCCGGAUUUAGAUUAUGUGUUCUGAAUUGCAUUUCACGUGUACAGUCUAGUGGAAAGUUCUUUCUGCUGAUUUUGCUGCCGAAAUUUUUAAUUAACAUUUAUGCGAGUCGUUGAUGUUUUUCGGAAAGAUAAAAUUUAAACUCGAAUAUCUCGAAUUCUAACAUUAUUUUGCAACACACUUUCCAGCGUGGUCUUCACAACCUUAUUAUCUGCCACAAACACGUGUAUUUGCCGUAUUUGACCGGAUGUUUACCCCGUAGAUUCCACACAGCGGAAGUCUGGUUAGAAACCACAUGCGAUCCCGCGCUUCACCGCACCACACUUGUAUCUCGCUGAACUAAUCCACGUUGUUUGUAACUUACGCAUCUACUUCUAUAACUCGCAAGCAACGGCUGUCAACGUCCAUUCGUUCCAACUAUCUCCAUCUUUCAUCAAACAAUGUUUUGACAGGAUAAUUCUCAUCCGAUCGGUAAUAACAGUCCCAUCUUGACCAUGGUCUUGGAAACCCUGUAAGGGUUGUUCUCGUUCCCUACACACGUGUCCACAAUAAAACCAAAGACAGCUUGAGACAUGGAGUUCAAAUACCGGUUUAGCGCACGACCGAUUUAUUUGAUUUGGUGAGUGAGGAGACCGCAGUUGGUUGGUUUCUCUCCUGUUGGGUUGUAUAAUUUGUAUCGAGAUACUGAAUGAAAGGGACGAAUUCUGAUAUUUUGGCGCAAUCAUAAGUGAUUUCCAGCAGGUCUGUUCAGAUAGAGGCAUCAUCUACUUCACGUAGACAUUUCAACUUAUUCAGUGGUGAUUCCGAAGGCUUUAGUGGGGUUAGCGCAGUGUCGCUAGCUUUUUGUUGAUUCGAUUUUCGGUUUUACUCUUUAAAUGCGCUUUGAUUAGAGAACGACUUUGUGCCCUGAACGCAACGACCGUUGUCAGAACAUCAUCCUCUCACUUGCCGGAAGAAGCCCGUUAAUGCAACUUAGCUGCCUUCCCGUCAUGCAGAGAGCAUUUACCAACUCGCACUCCACUAAAACUGUUAUGGCUGCCUAAGCGCACUGUGCGAAAUUCUUCGCACCUUGAGCUCCGUCCAAGGGAACUUCCCUGUACUCUGGGUAUCAGUGCCAUGUCGACACCACUUUUGCCUUUGUUUUCUACAGCAGGAUUUCCGAAGACCUAAAAAGAAACCGGUGUUCUGCGAUUUAGGUUAAAGGCGAGUCUCUCAGGAGCACUAUGCAUCGGACUCCUGAGACUGGGCUUCCUUUUAAGGGGUCUACAGGGAUGAGCUGUCCCACUGAACAAAGUUCAUGUGAUUUAUUUUUGCGAAUCUGCGCGGAGGAGAGGCUGAUAGGGAAAUCUCGGCCUUUCUUGGCUCACCACCGUAAGACGCAGUCCGUACCGGUUAAUAUAUGACAUCUUUUUAACUGUUUAAAAUAGAGCUGCUUACCGGGCUUCUCAGGCGCUACCAAAUUUGCACUCUGUAUCGGCUUUCGCAUGUGUGGAAACCGCGCAGAUCGGGCCAUUUCCUCAGGCAUAAUUCAUGUUUACCGUCCUGUCAUUGCACUCUCUGUAAUUCCAUAAUGGCAUCUCUGUUGCGGAACUAGUCGGUUAAAAUUCGGAAUAUCGGCCAGUAAAAUUGGUGCGACAACCCAGCCAUUCGUUAGAUUUACUACCAAACACCCUCGUAUGAAUACAUGUGAAGGACUGCACAUAGACAGGGGAUUGCUUGUUCAAUGCACAACGCCGGCCACCACAGAAUCCAUAUCAAUUCGCCGACAUGUUCGCGGUAUUUCAUCGAUGACGACUAUCAUAUUUGGUGAAGUUGCCUCUGCGGGGAUGUUAUUUUGGUAACAAAGAGUCACGCGGCGUCGCCCCUGACUUCUCUGCAUCCCAUCUGCUUAUCUUAUUACCCCUACUGAAUUUAGUUAGCAAAAUUAAGUGGCGACAAGAUUGAGGUUACCUAGCACUCUUUGCUGUUUUGACCUAAUCUGCGCCAACCGUGACAUGUUGCUCAUUGGCCUUUCCAUCCGAAUCAGACUUCACAAGCUGAGAUACAGGUAUCCAUGAAGGCAGUCACAUGAACGACUGAGAUAGUUGUCUUCAUCUAAUUUAACUCAAGAGUGGGUGCACUUGUGCUUGUUGCUGCUUUGUGGGGCCACUGAUGAGCCGUGCCUGUCGGGCGAGGACAAUGAGGGAUACUCAGUUAUUUUGGAUGGGUAUUGGGAAAAGCUGUCACCUAACCAAGUAAUCUACUUGACUCUGGCUGGUUACCACACCAAUGCGCAUCGAGUAAAGACCGUCAUAACUUGGGAAUUGGUAAUUAAAAUAUGAAUUGGAGUACUGUGAGGAAGACUUGCACUGUGGCACUCUCAUCCUCCCAGCAACCGCCCUCCGGUCCCUUUAACAGGACACGAGCGUGACGGCUGUAAGUAGCCUUCGAUGCCUCGGAACAUUUCCCAAAGAUACACACAUCUGGCCACGUUUUUAGACGUCUGUCGUGAGCAAAAAUGCUCGCCACCAUUUCAGGAAGAGGAAUGGUGGCUUAUACGUUAUUGAAAAAACUAUAGGUGACUCGCGCAGCAUUCACAUUACCAUAUCUUCCAUACCAAUCAUCGUCGAAUUGCACGACUAACAAUAUGACUAAAUAUGGGCCUGUCUCAUUGGCUGACCGGACAUUUGUCCUCGUCUGUGCGUACUCUACGCUUUCUGGUCCAAACACGCACACAAGUCGGGCUUCACAAACCUUAAUAUGCCAUCAAUGUGGGCUUCCAUAAAGGCUAUACUGGCGAAGAGCUAUUGCCUUUUGACUCUCGGUCCAGAAAAGAGCUGAUAUCCGGCUACUUUUCGGCAUCCCAUGUGACUCCUAGCUCCUUGUUGUAUAUUACGGCUCGCCACACUUAUUAUGGAAGUUUCAAGGUGGUUUCCGACGAUGCCCACCGUGUGCUCCACGACAGUGUGGGAGCAGGGACGGCGACUCGCGCGUGAAUUCGUUUACAGUGAUAGCAGACUUGCUCAGCGCCUACCGCACUCUCUCCUAUUCUCACAUCUGAGCCCGAUGUCACGGCAGAGUUAAAAAAAACCAGAUGCGCGAGAGGGCGCGGUUGGCUGGCAUGACGAAAGUCCACAUCUGAGCAUGCCACCACAUCGGCUCGGAUCCCAUUGAGUGGGAGUGGUAUAGAGACCCCUUUAAAAAGGAGCAAUUACAGCCUGACUCUAAAUUCACCAGUCGGCCACUCCAUACAAAAUCACACUGGGCCGAUUUCGAGGUCCGAGUUAUCCCGUCAGUUACCAGCCUUCCAAGCUUUAGAAUUUAGCGUACCGUGAUAGAUUCAAGCACGUCAGACAGUUUGUAGUGAGGAAUAUGUGCUGAGACCGUAGAAUUAAUUCUCUCCACUCUCAGACACCAGUCCGCUGUCCAAGCCGGUUUGUUGUCUGAUGGAGGGAGUGGACGCAGUGGUUGACAGUGCUAAAUAACCCGUCCGUGCGCUACAUACGUGACCUGGCUCCCAAAACGCACACACCAGGAUUACACAAGAAGGGGGUGGGCGGCUGGGAUUCAAAUGUGUGAGUGCCAUUAAGAAGGAGUCAUCGCAGUGUGACUCUCAGUCCACCAGUCGGCCGCACAACCCAAGUCACACAAAUGGACUGACUGCGUGCUCUGAGUGAAGUCAUCAGUUGGCAACCUUCCAAGCCACGACUUUUAGGUCACCGUGGCAGUCUCAAGCGCGUCAGAUUGUGUAUGGUGGGGAAUUCUGCCCCGCAAAUCGACCUAACUAGUUCUGCCACAUCCCUUGCACCAGUCGACCGUCCAGGCCGGCCAACCAACUGAUGCUGAGAUUGCGAGAGAUGGCUGACAGAACUGAGAAUAGCUGGCCUGCGCGCGCCACACGCACGACCUAGCUUUCCAUAUGCACACAUUAGGAUUUCACACACAUGGUGGUAAGCCACUCGGAUCUCAAAUGUAGCAGAAGAGUCGCAUGGAGAAAGCAGCCGAAGAGCACAUUUCCCACUUACGUGAGAGGCGUCUGUGUUGAUGCAUGUGUUGAUGCGGGAAUACGUGGUGAUGUGGUCUAAUCUGCGGUGACUUACCGCAAUUUUGGUGAAUUCGCAUGUGACCGAGUAACUCCAGACGAUGAUUGAAUGUGGGAGAGAAAUACAGGCAAUUGAGGCGAUUACGGCGGGUGUGUGUUGGUGCCUGGGCACUAGAAUGCCAGUCUGUACGAUGGAUUCGCAUGCGACCCACCAGGCCGACGUGUGGCAUGAAUGCACGGGGGCAGUGUGAGCAGGGUAGUUUGGGAGAUGCUGAGUCGCUGGGGUUGUUGUGCUGCUAGUAGUGGUUGCGCCGGCGGGUGGGAUUUGGUAGGACUGGCGAUAGAAGAGUUGUUGGUCGUGCAAAGUAUGCUUGGUGUGUCAAUAUUGUGGUGAAUUCCACUGUUUUGAAUGCGCAUGCGGCUGAAUAGGUUCAUGCAGUGAGUGAAUGUGCGUGAACAUUGCUGGCAGUGGAGGCGGAUGUGGUGAGUUUAUGUGGGGACUCCUGGUGCUGGCGCCCCGGUCGCAGUGCGAUGGAUUCACAAGUGACCGACUAGGCCGAUGCGUGAAGUGAAUGUGCAAUCACAAUAAGGGUACGUUGGGGCAGGGGUUGGCUAGGGAUCGGGAUCACUAACUGCGAUGGCAAAAACACCCGUCAAACGCCUCCUACAGGACUGUUUGACUCCGUGUUAGGUUUAGUACAGCGGCGUAGCCCGUUUUAGGAGCCCAAAUCUUAACAUGUUGUAUUUGGUUCAUAAAGGCAGUGAGAAAAACCGUUGUCUCGGUUCCAGCGCAGUGGCAGUUAGGUGGAUCUACACUGCACCUGCUUCACUCCCGCUUUCUAUAAUCGCCGAGUUCCGAUGGUAAGGUGAAGUCAAGUCGACCAGAGCUUGGCGCAGGUGUCAAGGCCAAACUGAACCAGUCUGUGCGUGCCACGCAUGACCUGGCUCCUAACUCCAAAUGUGCCAUUUAAUGGAGGAUACCAUAGCUGACACAUAAGGGGUCAUUGCAGUCUGGUCCUCAGUCUUGAGUAGAACCGAGUUAUCUCUUCAGUUGACAACUGCCAGAACUACGAGUUUUGUUAUGUCGUGGUGGUAUUGUUGUUUAUGGUGGGGGAUGAAGCGCCAAGUCCCAGCCAAACCGAUCUCAUUCGCUUAUCCCCCCCUCCCCAUACAUCAUUGGCCUGUCCGAGUCGAGCCGCUUGUGGAUGAUACGGACACAACGUCUGGCGUGGCGUAACACCGCUAGUCGCAUGCAGUAUGAGCGCGCACGCUUCCAUGUGAUAGUUCACCCGUCCUUAUCAUUGUUGGUGAACCGCAUUGUAUGCAUGGCGCAUGAAUGCUGGGCGCCUUUAAUUUACACGCAUAUAACCGGAAACGUCCGUGCGACGACUAAAUAUGUGGACCAGCCUGAGCAUAAAUGCAUUCGUCAAAAGCGCUGGGCAAACAAUACUUGCCCAGCAUUUACCAGGCUCUGCCACUUCCAUCCCAAUUGUGCUGCAUUUGCAUUUGUUUUGGUUGAUUCGACCGACCUUCUCGUGCAUGUUGGCCGCAGCAAGAAUGGUCGCUUCUAUUGCGGUUGGUCGAUGGCAGACUCGAGCGAACUGAAGCAGUGCGCACCAACAGGAAAUUAUGGUGAUGUCUGUUUAGGGGAGACUUGUGCAUCAUCAUCUUCCCUCUAGUCCCAGACCCACUAGCGGGACAAAGUCUGAGUUACUAGAGAUGGCCGGAACGUAGUGGCUGACAAUGCCGAGGCCGCCUCUACGCGUACCGCACACGUGUCGGUCCUCAACUUCGUCUUUUGACUACCAAGUUGCUGUCGACUACUUCGAUUUUCUCUCCUCUCCCCCCCCCCUCUCCCUCUCUCUCUCUCUCUCCUAUAUUUCGCCGCACGUGCUUGCAACUUAGAGCUCAGCACUCUGAAUUCAAGCUGCCUGUUCUCGCCGGUGUUUAUCGCCUUCUCAAAUGCUAACCUACUCAGUAACACUACGGUGUGUUUCAUCUUGUCAGGUGA